AUGGAUGAUCAAGCUACUUUGGAUCAAUUAAGACCACGGCCUUCUAAUGUUGAGUUCUUUGAUUUGGAUGAAAUACUUGCAACAAAUGAAAAAGUUCCUUGCAAAUUUGAGCAGCCAGUCUAUCGUCUAGGUUUCUUGGACACUAGCUCAUCUGAAGAACACAUCGAAAAAGGAACGAAGAUGGAGUUACCUUACUGGUUGGGCCGAGAGUUGUGCACGAGGAGGAGAAAGAUUGUAUCAGUUGAAAUGCCGAAAGUAUACAACGAGGCGUAUCGCCAGAUUUAUAAAGCAGACCCUAAUGCCCUGGAUCUGCAUAAAACUGGACCAUAUUUCUACCAGUUUGGUGCUCGAUUACUACACUUUGAACAUUUUGAUGCAGGUGUUCUGGCCAGGAGUCUCUCACAGGUAUUCCGCAAACGCUUUAGAAAAGUGAUGGAUGCAGCGAAAAAUGCCUCAUAUGAAGAGACGUCACAGUUUACUCAGAAAUUGGACUCUUUCGAAUGCAGACUGUUCCAGGCUGGUCAAAUGAGUUUGAAAGAUUUUGAAACAUGGAAACAAGGAAAGACUAGUAAAAUUGCAACUUCCAGCACUGUUCUCAAUAAUAGGAAAAGGAAGAGAGGUACUACAGAAUGAAAAAGACCAUUAUUGGACAUUUAAAUUUUCCAGUAUAAGAUACAAGAAAAUACAGUGAACCCAAGCAUGUGUUUAGCUAGAAAUGCAUAUUAUUUUUAAUUCUUUUAUGAACUUCAUAAGUUCACUUUAUCACUAUCAAUAUCAAAUUUAUUAUGCUUGCUUUUACUCUUCGAGUUUGGUUUCCUUGUGGUUGAUGGUAGGUGGCAAGAUUAAUGAUAACGUUUAAAAGACUACAAAUAUUGCCAAUGGCCUCUAAAGGGUUUUUGGUCCCACAGAGUUGCCAAAUUUAGAAAUCAAAUAUACCUAGCCUUAUCUACACUUUGAUGACCAGAUUUCAUUAAAAGCCAUCAGUAAAUUUAAAAUUUGUUACAAUCAUUUUGAUAAAAACUCUAUGGAAAAUAUGUGUUAGGUGAAUGAUAAUAUUAAUACAUAUAAUAUUAUUUAUAUAAUAAUAUUAAUAUUAUUGAUUUUCUCCCUCUCA